GAUUGACAUUUUGACAUCUCUAUUUGAAAAGUUGUGUGUUGGAGUCUUGUUGGACAAUAUUUUUACGUCGAAAUCUUCAUAUAUCUACAAAAUAUUUACACAUUUAAUUGAAAAACUUUAUCAUGGAGUCCGAAGUAAUAAAGGAAAAGAUUCAUACAGAACCUAUGUUGAAUGAUCCUCGGUAUAUAACCUUACUGAGUGUAAUAGUCCUACUUUUUACCCUAGUGUUUUGGUGGUUCUUCUCAAGGAGGCGUCAAGUUCGUAAGUCUGUGUUGUUAAUGGGUCUCUCAGACUCUGGCAAGACACUGUUGUUUGUGAGACUUGCUUACUCUCAGUACAGACAGACAUUCACAUCUAUGAAAGAGAAUGUUGAAGAAUAUCUUACUUCCAAUGAUGCAUUGAAAAUAGUGGACUUGCCCGGUCAGGAGAGAUUGAGGAACAAAUUCUUUGACCAGUACAAGAGCAGCGCCAAGUCUAUUGUCUAUGUUGUUGACUCUGUUACCAUCCAGAAAGAGAUCAGGGAUGUUGCUGAGUACUUGUACACAAUACUGUCCGACCCAAUGGUGCAGAGCUACAGUACUCCAGUUCUGAUCCUGUGCAACAAACAGGACCAACCCUUGGCUAAGGGUGCUCAAGUCAUCAAGAGUCUGCUGGAGAAAGAAAUAAAUCUAGUCCGUGUCACGAAGUCCAGUCAACUGCAAUCCGUAGAUCCGUCUCAAGGCAACAAUUCGACGUACCUCGGCAAAAUUGGCAAGGACUUUGAGUUCUCACAUCUUAGUAACCGAGUGGAGAUUGCUGAGAGCUCAGCCAACACUGGUGAUGAUGACACGCCGGCCGACAUCAAAAGUCUGCAAGAUUGGAUCUCCAAACUUUAGUUACUUUACAACAUACUUCCUAAUUUUCGCAUGAUUUACAUUUUUUGCUUCUAAGUUGUUAGUUUUAAAAAUACUCAAGAUCAAAUAAAUAAAAAAAUCUUAUAAAAAGCAGGCCUUAUACGAAUUUCUGAACUAGUAUAAGUAAUAAAAAAAAAUAACUGUCAAGUCAAUGUCAAAAUCCUGUUUGACAGCUCAAGCAAUCACACACUACUUAAAAAAUUGGCGGGAAUCACGUAGAGAAGUACAUAGUAAUUUUAGAUAGGUGUUUAAAAUAUCGCAAUAAAAAGAAAUACUUCGUUAAUUCCAAAUUAAGUUGAGUAUUUUUGAAAAAUUCUUGUCAAUUUAUGGUUAAGUUUUUAAUUUUGUUUCUUUUUUAUCUAAUAAACUUGUUAAAAGUGUCGCUUAGUGAUGUCCACUGUACUGAAACUUUAGUAUUGCAUUUGUUACUGAUGUUAUAAAUGUUCGAAUAAUGUUAAACAGGGGUAUCCAUGUAUGUAUUCUCAAAGAAUUGUGCAUUUGAUGAUGUGAUGUAUGUAUUUUAUUAUUGUCAAGGAUUUUUUAUAAAUAAAGCUUGACUGAUUUUUUA